UCUUAUCAAUCUCUGUCCUCUGCUCACACUGCGUUCGUCUGACAUGGUAGCCUGGGGUGAGCCAGACAAGCACCUUCAAUGGAUUUCUAAAAGAUAGACAGACAAUUGGGACAAUAUUUUUAAUCAAUUCCUCGUGAUUAAGAAUAUAUAUAGACUACUGUAUAUUCCCUAUUCACACGCGUUACAUUGUUAACCCGAGUAUGCGCACUGAACGCCUCCAUUGUCUACCAGCAGCAAGGAGUGAGAGCGAGCGCGCGGAUAUGAGAAUGCAGGGGAGCGGCAUACAUUGACCCAAAUCUCCGGGAACCGGAGAACAAGCGGACCCGGACACACGUACGUCGUUGGAAAGACAGACUGGCAGACAGACAGCAACAGUUGUCAUGGCUAUGGUUAUGAUCAGCUGAACCAGUCUUCAAGACAAAAAUAAUAACAUUAAAGGGGGGUAGCCUAGCCUACUGCAGAGAAGCGCGACUGUCGGAACCGUUGUUGCGCUUUGUGCUUGUCAUCAUCUCUGUUGUGAUUUGGAGCAGGCUGUCCUGUCAUUCGUUGUGAGGGGAAAACGUUUUGCGUUUUGCUUAUCUUUAUCAAGGGGAGUUGUUUUUCUAUCAUUAAUUUGACAUCAUCCUCUUAUAAAUGAUCGUUUUUCUCUGUUGAGCUGAAUCAAAACAUUCGAGUCGCUCAUGUUCCUGUCAGGGAAAUGGGCUGUUGCGUCUGUUAUACACAGCUGCUUUAGUCAGACUUGACAACCGGGAUUUUUUGAAGCUGCCGUUUUGUCCCUGGCAAGGGGCGAUCAAGUGCACUGCAGACAGGCGUGUCGGGGGCGAUUCCAGUGACGGCUCUCGACUCUCUGCGGAGCCCCGUUUCAACAGCCCCCACCCAAUUUUAUCGGGCGAUUUGGAUGGGGGGCAAGCAGAGUACGGCAGGGCGGCCCCGGGGUGCUUUUCACGGUGUCUCGGCGGAUGACAGCGCAGUGCCACCCUCGGCCCACUUUGGGCACUACCGACCAAGUGGCACUAUGGGGUUACGCAGCCGCUCAGUGAGUUCUGUGGCUGGGAUGGGCAUAGAACAUAGUCCUACGGUGCCCUUUGGGUUUUAUACCCCCAGAGGAACAGACUCGGACAGGGCCGGAGGGGGGUCUGGCACUAACGCCGCCCAUGGUAACGGCUACCAGGAAACGGGCAGCGGGCAUCACACGGAUGGUAUGCUCUAUCUGGGCUCCCGAGGGUCGUUGGCAGACACCUUGCCCCUGCACAUUGCACCCCGGUGGUUUAGCGCCCACAGUGGGUUCAAGUGUCCUGUCUGCUCCAAGUCUGUGGCGUCUAAUGAGAUGGAGGUGCACUUCAUCAUGUGUCUAAGCAAGCCCCGCCUGUCCUACAACGAUGACGUGCUGGCCAGGGAUGCCGGGGAGUGUGUAAUCUGUCUGGAGGAGCUGCAGCAAGGAAACACCAUCGCCAGACUGCCGUGCCUCUGCAUCUAUCACAAAAGCUGUAUAGACUCCUGGUUUGAGAUCAAUCGUUCCUGCCCUGAGCAUCCUUCAGACUGACUGACUUCUGUGCUCCUACUCCUACUGUUCAAGGACACUUUAUGUUCCUACCAUGGAUAUCUGGACACUGAAGUAACCAAAAAACUAAACAAUCAAAACAACCUAUCUAUCAAUUGAUCUAUCAAUCUAUCAAGAGAAUUCCUAGCAAACGGAACCAAAAAAAAAAAAAACAUUAAGCUAAUACUGUCACUUCCACAUGCAUAAAAGAGUGCUCCUCCUCCCUGCCACCUCUCCCCUAGCCCUAGAGGCUGCUAACUGCCAGUCCCUAUGUUGGCCCAACUAGGCUGACCAUCCCUCCAGGCCAACUGCCUCACCAGGCUGCUUGGCCCCCCAGCCAGCCAGUCACCACGCCACAUGGCCUGGUCCUCUCUGGGCUCCUCCGGGGGUCUGGCCCUUGCUCUGCUCUGCCUUCCAUUUUGCCUCCUAGGUUUGGCCCUGCCUGGCUCCAUAUCACUCAUCUGGAUCCAGCCAUCUCAUGGCCUUCAUCAGGAAGAGACAGAGGAGGAUAAUGAAGAUAAAGAAAAAGAUGAAAAGGAAGGAAUAGGGCUGGAUGAACCCUGUGUGCCAGGGCAGGGUUGACUCCCAGGACGUUGUCUGAUAAUGCAACAAAAGGCUUUCCCCCAAUCACCAGAGUUACAGCACCCGCCCACCCAAUCAUUAGUUGAAGAGACAUGCGCUUAUCUUUAGUCUUUACUUUGAGGUGGAGCAGCGAUGUGUGAAGUGCAGCAUUGGUGUGGCAGGCAUGGUCUGUCUAUGUAGGUUUCUGUUUGGGUUAUGUGUGUGUGUGUGUGUGUGUGUGUGUGUGUGUGUGUGUGUGUGUGUGUGUGUGUGUGUGUGUGUGUGUGUGUGUGUGUGUGUGUGUGUGUGUGUGUGUGUGUGGAGGGGUGUAGUUAAUGCUUCUAUAUGUGUCAGGGCAGUGAAAAUAUCAGUCAGACUACACUUGUUCUGUAUGCGUUAGUGUGUGGAGGGGUACGUUGUUUAUGCUUGGUGGUGGGUGAAUGUGUGUGUGUGUGCUUAUGUGUCGUGGGAGACAGUUGGGGGUCAUUGGUUUAUGUUUUUCUAUGUUCUGGGACUGUGAGGAUGAUGUCCGUAAGCAUACAUGUGGUGUGGUUGAGGUUGGGGUGAUGAUGCAGCCAUCUCUGUAGUGUGAGAGCCUGAUUUGCUAAAGGGUCAAAUAGAAGUCUGAGACAAUACUAUGUGUUGGUCUGUGUUUGAAAUGUUUACAAUUUAGAUGUCCAUUUUCCCUGUGUGAAUGUGGUAUUGCUCCAUUUAUUUUGCUAAUGUUUACAGUUACAUAAAAUCGACAUGACAUACACA